AUGGAUGGUAGUGGUCAGCAAGGGAACGCCUAUCCUGGAGGGGGCGGGCAGAUUCCGACCAACCCGAUGAUGCAACAGUGGGCUAAUUACUAUGCGGCAGCUCAGGCAGCGGCCUAUGCUGCGAGUGUUGGAUAUUCUCAGGCAGGCACAGGUUCGACCCAGGCGGCAUCCGUUAUGUCUAUGAGUAACAGCGGUAUGGCGUCGAGCUAUGGGACGAAACCAGUGAAGAAAUGUUUCCUUCAUAACAAACAUAAUAACGGGUGCAAGAAAUGUCGGGAAUAUAAGGAAUGGGUAGUAGCAACAUUAAAUGUAGGGAAUAUAAGGAAUGGGUCCCUCACGGUACCAUCAACGAUGUUCUGUUGUUUGUAUCGACUGUUCGUAAUGCGAAUCAACAGCAAAGUGUUAGGUCAGCUUAUUAACUACCAUGGAGCUCCUUAUGUCAGAUGCGCGGGUUUCCUCUAUGUACGGUUUGGCCUGUCCCCUAGGGAUUAUUGGAGCUUCUUGCAACCUCACUUAUUGGAUGAUGAAGAGUUCACUCCCGGCUGUGACAAAGGUCGGAUUAUUACUAUGGGAGAAUACGUUGAAAAGCUCUUAACAGAAGAUCGCUACUACAGUUUAUUGAUAAUAGCACGACUCAGGUCCAUAGAGGAGAUACCCCUUGGGAUGGUUGUAUUGAAGUCUGGUGAAAAUGAUGAUUGGGCAGAUGAUGCGGAAUGGUAUGGCGCUGAGCAAAGCUGGUACGAUGCACCCGCUGGCAGUGCUCAGGCUCAGAGUUGGGAAGAAGGCGCUGAGGGCGGUGCGUGGACUGAUGCUGCAGAGGCUGUCAAGGACGAGAGUAAAACAACGGUCGAUUUAACCCAUCGUAAAACGGCGGGUAAUUUUGACGAUGAGGCGUAUAAGGGUAUGAAUGCAUUGGACAUUUAUAAUCAACGACGGCGUGAUAAGGCGAGUGUAUCGGCUACUAGUGGUAAAGGGUAUUGUCGUCCUGUACAAGGCUAUAGGAAUGCUCUUUCACGACCACAUGUGGAAUCGGGGGUAAAGGGAAGGGAAAGGGUAAGGGUAAAGGGAAAGGGAGAGCAGUACGGUGAAGGUGUAGACUACCAUUCUAGUGCUACUUUCCGAGAGAGAUCACCACCGAAGCAUCAAGUAUCAGAGGCUACUAGAGUGAGGCAACAGGCGAUUGUUGGACGAUACUCAGGAGUGGCCGAAACUGCGCAGACGAUGGAUGGUAUCAACAGUUUUGGUCAGCGAUGA